AGUUUUAGCGUUCAAUAUGUUAUUUUUCAAAAUGGCGAAUUUAGGAGAGCAAACAUCAAGCGCAGUUCCUGAUGAGACUAUACUCAAUAGUUUUCUCACUGAGGUCAAAGAAAUCGAGAAAAGGGACUCAGUUUUAACACCGAAACAACAGAUUGACCGUCUGCUCAGACCUGGUUCAACAUACUUCAACUUAAACCCAUUUGAGGUGUUACAAGUUGACCCAGAGGCUCCCCUCGAAGAAAUAAAGAAACAGUAUCGAAGACUUUCGAUUCUGGUCCACCCGGACAAAAACCCAGACGACAGGGAACGUGCGCAGAAGGCCUUUGACUUUCUGAACAAAGCGCACAAAAGCCUGGAGGAUGAAACUCAGAGGAAGAAGGCACUCGAAAUCGUCGAAGAGGCGCAGGGUCGCACGGCACUUAUGAUUGAAGAGAAACGAAAGAAGAACCGAAAAGCCGGGAAGGGCGACAAGGUAGAAGAGGAUGAUCCCGUCAAGCUCAAGCACGCAGUGUACGUGAUGACGAUGAAACUGUUUGCGGACAUGGAGCGUAAGCGUCGACAGCAGGAAGACAGGGAUCAGGAGGAGAGGAAACGGAAGCGUGAAGCAGAACUCGAGGAGAUCGAAAAGCAAAAGAUGGAAAAAGAAUGGCAAAAAAAUUAUGAGGAGAGUCGGGAAAACCGCGUCACAAGUUGGAAGUCCUUUCAGACGGGCAAGGGCAAGAAGAGCAAACUGUACAGGCCGCCCAAGACCAAAGCUGAGACACGUUGAAUCCAUCACCAACAUCAUACAGAUCCUCAAACCCACAUAAAAAAAAAAAAACACCCUCGACGUUUCCUUGCACCGGCCGCAACGACCCACGCGAUACCGUUUCAGUUUCGGGAGGGAGAAAUGGGGCGCGACCUAGUUUUUUUUUUCUCUUCUUUUCUCGUAGCGAGGCGUGUGGUAUUGUGCGAAGCAGAGGUGUGACGGGAGACGGGAAUAAAUGUUGCGUCCUUUUA